AUGAGGCGAUCGGCGCUUUUUCUGACCGCGGUCGCCUGCGUCCUCGCGCUCUUCGCAACCCCAGCGUUCGCGUGGGACGACGACGACGACGACCCGGCCAACGUCGACGCCGCGGACUACGAGGGCGUGACGUGCGGGAGCACGAUCAAGCUCCAGCACUCGGGGACGAAAGCGCGGCUGCACUCGCACGACAUCGCCUACGGCAGCGGCAGCGGGCAACAAUCCGUGACCGGCUUCCCGGAGACCACGGACGCGAACUCGUACUGGCAAGUCCUCCACGCGCACGGGGCGGAGCCGUGCAGAUUCGGGACCGAGAUCGCGAACGGCGCGAUCGUUCGCUUGCUUCAUAUCAACACGAAGAAGUGGCUGCACUCGCAUCUGCAUAAGUCGCCCAUCACCGGGAACCAAGAGGUGAGCGCGUACGGCACGCGAGGGGACGGGGAUACCCCGGAGGACUCGAACUCGGACGAUAACUGGAAGAUCGAGCUCAGCGCUGGGGAGACGGUGUGGAAGAAGGAUAAGAAGAUGCGGCUGAUACACGUCAGCACGGGCGUGAUCUUGCACUCGCACGACCAAAAGUUUGGAAGGCCGAUCGCCGGGCAGUUUGAAGUCUGCGGCGCGAAGAGCAAGAACAACAACAACCUGUGGUUCGCCACGGAGGGGGUGUACAUCCCGAAGCCGAAGCCGAGCAAGCACGCGCACGCGUUCACGAUCAGGAAGCUGCCGUACGACCCGCGGAAGGACGACGAUGAUGGGGAAGAGCUGAAGAACGAGGCGGCGAAGGAAGAUCUGAAGAACGAGAAGAAGAAGAAGAAGGUUGAGCUGUGA